AUGCAGAAUGCGCUGAACGACUUCAAGUCGGACGCCAUGAGCGCUCAGUGCUAUCUGCGGAGCUCGGACAUCUUUGCAAUGAUCGAGAAACUCACCGCUGCUGCCGGCCAGGUGGACGUGAACGUCGUGAUGGUGGCGUGGACCUACUCACCUGAGCACAUGGAAAACGCUAUGGGCGAUUACACCAUGUGUGGCUCUGUGUACGUGUUCAACGAGAAGGGCUCUGACUUAACGACGGUGCAGGACGCAACUCAGAACGUUGGCCAGAUUCAGGGUGAGGGCGAGGUAACCCCUACGACGGUAAAAAUGGCGGAAACUAUAGGUAUGUGGAGUAAGGAGCAGGUACAACAAGUGGUAAACUCCACGGGUGCCUUCACGACUAGAGACAAGGUCUCAGCUCGCAGGAAGAGCAGGGUCGUCAAGGCGGCGAUCCCGUCCAGUUACACGCCGAUGUUCGUCAUGGUCGUGAAAGACAAGCUGUAUGAGAAAGGGAUGCACGUGGUGUUCAUACGCGAUCUGGACGAGGUGAUCUAUCCCCGAAAACUGGACGGCCAAAAGCUGUGGGAAUCCGUCUAUUAA